UACCAUUUUUUCAACAUGACGUGGGGCUCAUGCCAUGAUCGUAAGAUGAUAUGCAAUGUCCAUUACACACUAUGUGCCAUUUGGGAGUGCGAUGUACCACUCACCACCACUUUAGUUAAUGGCCAAUCCUGUAUAUGCUGCCUAUACACCAUUGAAUUUUUAUUUUUAAUAUUUUUAUGUUAUGUUUUCCAAUUUUGUCUAAAAAGGUUCAGUAUAUACAUAGUUAUCAAUUUUAUAAAAAAAUGUGCAGAAAUGGGACAUAUUAUAUCUAAGAAGAAACCAAAGACUGUCACACAAAAUAACAACCAACCGGAAAAUCAUCCAAAAGUUUCCUCCGCUCAAAGAACACAGCCACCAGAAGUAAAACAGCCGACGCGUAUACUAGCUACUUCUAAACCGGUUGCUUCACCAGGUCCUGAACAGACCCUUGAUAACACUGCUGAGCCUAACGGAGUUCAGUUGACGCUAGCGGCUGCUUCCAAACUGUCUCCAACAACACCAGAAGAAAUGUGGAAAAUUGUGAAACAGACAAGCUCAAAAAAUCCAUUAGAUGUUAAGCCCACAGCAAGUCGUAAAGGUUGGAAAACUAUACGUCUUUUUGUAUCCUCAACUUUUAAAGACUUCCAUCAAGAAAGAGAGGUUUUAGUCAAGGAGGUCUUUCCCGAUCUACGAUUAUGGUGCGAAUCACGAAAAUUACGACUUGUUGAAUGUGAUUUGCGAUGGGGUGUGCCUAAAGAUUCUACAACAGAGGAUACAAUAAAAAUAUGUCUCAGUGAGUUGGAUCGAUGCUGUGAAGAUAAUGUUGCUCCUUUCUUUCUUAAUUUGUCUGGUGAUCGAGCUGGUUGGAUACCAACAUUUGAAGAUUUGUCUCAGAAUGUUGCUGCUCAAUAUGGGUGGAUAUAUGGUUUGUCAGUGACAGAAAUGGAGAUUGUGCAUGGUGCUUUUCGACAGUUGAACCCUAAUGCCUUAUUCAUGAUUCGAAAGGUUGAAGAACAAGAAGAGUUUCCAGAGGUAGCAAAAAAGGAUUAUUUCAAUGAUGAGCCCUUUCUGAAAGAAAAAUUAAAUAAAUUAAAAACAAUUAUAAAAGAUACUUUUCCAGAAGACAGUGUGAAACAUUAUUCUGUCCGGUGUAACCAAGAUGGAAGUGCAAACAAAGUAAACUUCAAAGGAAUAUCUGGCGAUGACUCAGAUUUUUCUAAAACAGUUCAUGACUUCUUCUUAAAAAGAAUUCAAGAGUUGUAUCCACUUGAUCCAAGUCCCAUGGACCCUUUACAAAUACAAAAGGAAUCACACGAAAUGUUUCUGGACAGUCGUUCAUCUUGUGUUUUAGGAAGAGAUAAAAUGUUAGAUGAGAUAGAACAAUAUGUUGUGAAUGGAAAUAAGUCUAUGGCACCGUUGCUUGUUGUUGGUUUUGCAGGUGCUGGCAAAAGUGCUUUGGUAGCAAAAAGUGCUCAUAAGGCUACCAUGUUGGCAGCAGAAAAACAAAUUAAAAUGUCAGAUUUAAAAAAGCCUUGCAAGGUAUUUUUUCAUUUUGUUGGUGCUACCCCACGAUCAACCGAUCUCGCUUCUUUCUUGCAAAGACUCACAAAGGAAAUUAAACCAGACCAGCUUGAAGUGUUGAGUGACUUGGACUCGCUGAUUAAUUUGUCCUUUAACCUGCUUUCCAAUCCACUAACAGAUCCAAUUUGUAUUUUUAUUGAUGCUGUUAAUCAGAUCGAUGAAGAUAAGCAACAAUACUUAAAUCGUUGGCUACCUGAAAAACUAUCACCAAAUGUCCGCGUUGUGAUAUCAACCAUAGAGAGUACAAUCAGUCACCAAACUAUAAGAGCUUUUAAAACAUCUCCCGUGGAGAUUGUUUGUGGACCAUUGGAUAAAACAUCAAGACAGGCAAUCGUGGAAAACAUAUUACAGACUUACAACAAACGUCUUGAUGAUGAGCAAAUGACAGUGUUACUCGACAAAGUAGGAUCCAGUAAUCCCUUGUGGUUGACAUUAGCCUGUGAGGAGUUACGUGUCUAUGGAAAAUUCGAAACAUUAAUCAAUAAGAUCGAAAGCUUGCCUGAUGAUUUGAUAAGUUUGGAGGAAAUUGUGUUUGAAAGGUUUGAAGGUGAAGCUGGUGGUGAAUUGAUGAAAGCUUGUGUGUGUAUGUUGGAAGUGUCACGUCAUGGCCUUCUCGAAACGGAGUUGUUAGCAUUGCUGGCUGAAGAAAAAAACUUAAAAGUACCGGAAUAUACUGGUGAAGAUGGUACGGAGCUACUUAAGAAAUCAGAAGCCAAAAAAGAAGCUGCUGCUAAUAUUGAAGAAACAAAACACAAUAUUGCUAAGAUGGUUCAAGAAACGUAUGUUAAAGACGAAAACACCGCUGAAGAUGGUGAAAGCAUGGGCGAUGAGAAAGGAAAAAAGCAAAAGAACAAAACCAAGACCAGAAAAGUAAUCAACUAUUUGCCAGCUCGUGAGUGGGCUGUGAUUUACAGGAAUCUUAAACCGUUACUAAGACCCUGUGGAGACCUUGGGGAAGGAAGAUUGGAUUUCUAUCAUCGUUCGUUGAGCAAAGCAGCUCGAAGAAAGUAUUUCAGUGGUGAAGAUGCGUUGAAGCAGCAUAAAUACAACUUCUGGCAUGGCGUUCUGGCUGAUUUCUUCGAAGGUGUACAAGAUAUGGAUAGAAAGGCCGAGGAACUUCCUUACCAUCUGGAACAGUUGCUGGAUAAUAAUCGUUUAAUCCAAUGCUUGAUGGACUGGGAAGUGUUCGAGCGAAUGUACUCUGAAGAGUUCAGCAUUGAUCUUUUGCAUUCUUGGCGGCAGUGUGGUGGUUAUGGUAUUGCAUCUGCAGUCUAUCAUGAACAGUUAAAGCAUCUGCGAAAGUCUGACAUGCCACUAAUAGAAUAUGUCGAAGUGGUGGAGAAAGUUUAUGGAUUCUUAAUUCAAGCUGGCCAGUACUCUGAAGCGUUGGGUUUAAUGCAAGAGCGCCUCGCUGAUGAGAUGGACCAACUUGGUCAGAGGAAUGAUGAGUUGGCCGAUGUUUACCAAAACAUGGCGCUCUGCAAAAGUGAAAUAGAUAAAGCGCAUCAAUACAUGAAUGAUGAUCAGCUCGAUGAUAACAAAUUGAUUGUGGAGUAUGGAAGAAAAUGUCUGGAAUAUCGGAAGCAUUUAAGUGGUACUGAUAACGAUUAUCGUUGCGCACUUGCCAACAUUUUAAUCUCGCAUCAUUUGAGUAACGUUGCAGAUAUCACUUACGAAGCAAAGCCUCGCCAAGAAGCCUUCCAAGCUAUCGACGCUGCUAUUAAAGUCUUUACAGAGUUAAAUGAUGUAGGCCACUUGGCAGAAUGUAUGAUGACAAAAGCCAUCAUUGACUUCCAACAACCAUUUGAAGGUCGUGAGAAGCUCUUGAAAGAUUCCCUCGCGCUGUGUUUAAAAGGCUACGGAGAGAAGCAUCUUCUUACAACACGUAUUUUGUUAAACACCGGCAUCGCAUACGAAAUGGUCGGAAGUUACGAUAAAGCUUUCGAUCAUUUUAAACGCCUAAAGACAACAUGCAUGGCGGUGUUUGGUCCUGGCCAUCCAAAAACAGUUCGAGCUAUCAACACCUUGGCCGAACCGAGAUAUAAAAGAAUGUUAGAACAUGAAGCAAGAAGUGUUCCCGAAACAGCAUAACAUGCAUCAUCACAUUUACCCAGUGCACGCACACGAGGCUCGUCAAUCAAAACGAGGCUGACAAAUGGACUGGUUGUGAUGUGUCAAUGUUUAUGCUAUGUUUUUUAAGGGUUAAAAUAUUCUAUCAGCACUUAACUAAGAUAGUGAUGUAUAAAUUUUUUGACAGACAUUUUUGUAUGUGUGCUAGUUUGAUUUUUUUGUCAUAUAGGACUGGCAUGUUGAAACUCACUUUAGGUAACUCUUUAAUCUCGGCAAAUCUUUCAAUGUUAACCCAUGCAACUCUAAAUAAACCGACAUAAAAAGUCGCGCUUUUUACUGCUAUUUGGAACUUCUCUUUGGCCGAAUUUUACUUUUGUCUCGUGGAAACGCGGCCUUACUUAUCCGAUGCAAUGUUUAAUCUUUAAUUAUUUUUUUUACCCAAAACUUGUGUGUAAGAACUGAAUUUAUUGACCGAGUUCGUUAAGCAUCUUUUACAUCAGGAAAUAAAUAUUUUGUCCAGUGUGAAUUAAUUGCGCAUUUUUCUAGAUGACUUCUUUAUUGUGAUUUUUUUUUUGUCCUCUGUCAUAUUUUGUUAUGAUUUGAAGAACAUUGAGUAGGUUAUGUAAAGUGCGACGAUAUGUAUGCAGGCCAGGCUGACGUUUUUAAAAAUAUUAUUUGUUUGAAUUUUUUAUAUUAGUCCGCAGAAUUUUGUUAUUUAUUCUGAUUUCUUAAUUUAUUUAAUAAAUAUUUGUACAUUUAUACAUUUAAAAUGUAAAAAUAAAAAUUUCAAAUAA